AUGUCUAUAGGGAUGCCCUGCAUGAUGCAAAUUGUAUCAACUGUGCUAAAUUUUGUUAACACUGAGAGCACCAGGGUGGCAGAUGUUGAGGAUGUGAACAGCGGCACUAAUUCUUCUUCGGUGGUGCCCAAGUCCCCAGCACUGACCCCUGUGCCCCUGAAAGCCAAGGAUGCGCUGCGUCUUAGCUUAUUGGCACUUUAUCUAUUACGAAAGUGUUGCUGUAUGAAGGAUCCUGAAUCACGCGAGGAGUGGAAUAGCAAUUUUGAGUGGUUGUCAUCUUAUCUUAUCGAAAAGGCCAAUGUGUUUCCUCAAGCUGUGCGCGGGCUGCUGCCCUGGAGAGGCGAAGUUUUUUCGAAGGCCUUCGCCAAAGAGAUACAAACUGAUGAGUACGCGGUCUCUCAGUGGUCGGAACUCAAAAAAUGGUUCUGGAAGAGUGAGGAGCUUCCAGUGCGAAUUCAACAAGGGUCAGAGGGAAGGUACCAAAACGAAUUUAUUCAGCAGAAGCUUCUUGGGUCUGGUGGUUUUGCUCCGGUGUACAUGUGCCGAAAAAAAAUUGAUGGACGCUUUUACGCCGUUAAAAAAAUUGUCAUGAAGGACAAUCAAUCGGAGAAAAUUAUUCGUGAGGUUCAAACGCUGGCUGCCUUGAAUCACAAAAAUAUUGUUCGCUACUACGAUGCAUGGGUUGAGGAUGGGUGCGAUGAGGAGCUGAAAAGAUUUAUCGAAGACGACGACGAGGAUUCGGAAAAGGAAAUCAUCAAGAAAAGUGUUGCCCCUGGCUGUGACGCCCGUCUCAUUAGCAAUUUCUCCUCAUCGGAAUCAAGUGAUAGCUCCUUUACUGGCACUUCUUCAUCAGCAGGCGACGGAAGCAGCGACACCGAUGAUGAGGAAAGUGACGACAACUCUAUCGAAAUUGGGUUUCAAGAGAGUUGCAACGAUCCAAACCUUUGUCCUACCCCCGCUCGCCCCAAUCCUUCCGGUCAUCGACUUCAAACACUGUACAUUCAAAUGGAGCUGUGCUCCGCGACGUCGCUACGACAUUUGAUCGACGAAAGUGACAGAGGUUGUGGUAUUUUUGCUUCUGAGAAAGGUGAACAAGUUGCUGCUUCGAUUUUGCGGCAACUUUUAGUGGUUGUUGCUCAUACACAUCACGAAAAUAUUGUCCACCGCGAUCUCAAGCCUGAUAAUGUGCUAUUUGAAAUGGAAAACAGCCAAGUUGAGGGCGAGAUCGGAACCAUUCGCGUAGCUGACUUUGGCCUAGCACGUGUCAUGAAUGGGUUAAAACAAACUGCUAGUGCUUACAAACUUGAUGACAUUACCGAGUUGACAGAAGCGCAGCUCAACCAGAAUGCUAAUUUCCCAACAGGCAAUUGCGGUUCUGUGCUGUACUGUGCCCCUGAGCAAGAGAAGGGUAUCAGCUACGGGUUCAAGGUAGAUGAGUUCAGUAUAGGUAUGAUUGCGUUAGAAAUGUGGCUUUCAAUACUGGGAAAGGGGUUUCGUGACAGGUUCAAUAUUAUGGAGCACGCAUGGCACAAAGGAACUCUUCCAGAUUGGUUCAUAAAGUGCAAACCUCCGAUAGCCGAGGUGAUUGCCAGCUUGCUGGAGCAUGACCAGCAGAAGCGCCGCACUUGUGAAGAAGUAUUAAGUACCGCAGAGCUCCCUGGGGACCCUGUGGAUAUCACCGAAGCCUUGGAAACAAUCGAUCGCUACGGCGAGAGAUUUGCUUGCAGGGUUAUUCAACGAGUUCAGAAGCUCGGUAUUCAGUACCGAAAGCCUCCUCUCCAGCUACGAGCGGCAGCACAAUUUUUUAGUUCCUUGGCGUGUGCUCAAGCUACACAAGCGGUCAACAUGGUAGGAAUCCUUCAUGGUAGCAUGUUCAUCGGCUUUCUAGAUCCGCUCAUCCCGAUCAAUCCUAAUUUAAGCGAACUUGGGGUUGAAGCUGUUACAGACAGCGCGGGUCGUUCAUAUUCAUUCAUGGCAUUACCCCAAUUACCCGUUGCUUCGUUUUUGGGAAUGCAGGAAAGUGUGGCCAUCGGGUCAUUUCACUGUUUCUACCACAAAGUACGUCCGUAUGCAGUUUUUACCACUCCAAUGCAGCACUCUAACGCUUUUAGCGAAGCUCUUCUUGAUCCUUUCCUGAGUCUGAUUCAUCUGAUUUCGUUCAUGAAGUUAACGGAGCCCAUAAACAUAAUUAUAUCGCACGCGGAUUGGCUCAACACGGUGUAUCCUAGGCUGGGGCUUCACCAAAAUCAAAAUGAUUUUUCUGGACUUCGAACUCCUCUUGAUUCUACCGAGAAAUUCGGACCUGCUAUUUCACUAAUCGCUGAAACUCUUAGUCACGUGGGGCUAGCCCAUUCCUUUAACAGGGAUGAGCUUCUUCGUAAGCUUUUAUCCACCAUGUAUAAUGUCAUCCAUUUUUUUGGAAAACAUUUGUCUUCGCACAUCUCAAUCAUCCUUGACCCCACGUUAGUUCCCACUGAGACAUUGAAUCACCACUUUUGUAUUGAUCGUGGUAUUAUUCUCGAAUGUCGUACUGCUUCUGGAAUAGCGUUUGCCUUUGGGUGCAGUAUGGAUAAUUAUGUUUCUAAGUGCACUGUUACGAAUCCUGACAUGAACGGGUAUUCUAUCACUGUGGAUAUCCACGAAAUGGCGACUAAUUGGAAACAUUUUUGCAUUCCAACGAUUGAAGGAGCCUUGGAUGGUGUGGCGAUACGGCGCCAAGACCUAUACUCGCAAUCUCAGCUGGACAAUGUUGUCGAGGCAGCUGUGACGUUGUGGAAGAACAACACACCUGCCUACUUGAGCAUUGAUAGCGAUUUACAUGCAUUGGUGAAGAAAAUGAAAGCGAAGAAGCUGCGUUGGGCUCUUUUUGAUGGAAAGCGAUUAGUUCCUGUGGCUUCUAUUCAACAAAACAAAGCACUGAAGUACUCAGACAUCUCCAUUGAUCAACUGUGUGAUACAGUUCGAUCGCUUUCUAUCAAGGAUAAACAGUCGCCUUCGAAGGUAAGUGCUGCUGUAACCUUUAUUUCCAUGAAGGAAGAUCCCCGCGUUGCCGAGGAGGCCAGAGAAAUACUUAACUCGAUGAUGGCAACUAGGUGGUCACCUCUCGUAAUCAUGGAUAUCAAAUUGUCUGACAUUGAGGCAUGUUUCGACGAAAGAAAGCGGCCAGUUGAGUUUUCACUUGCUCAGCAAGCACUCCUUCAGUGGAUAGGGGUGAAUAAUGGAAUGCUUGGCGUAAUACCUAUUUAUUCGUCUGAAGAUGGCGAAAUUACCUUUUUUGUCAAUCACAAAAAAUUCAAACCGGUACAGAAAAAGGAGAAAGGUAAGCGUAAAAAGAAGUAA